UUGAUAGCACCGCCACUUCACCCAGGCCCUGCUCGUAAACGUCCAGCACCAGCACCGCCAGCACAGCCUGAGUGCCCUGUUGCGUUGCGUCCGAUUGCUUCAUCAAAGAAAGUGUGCCUAUACUGUUUCAAAAACCAACUUUCCCUUCGCUUCAACGUUGCUGAUCAGCAUGCAAAAUGGAGCAGUCCUUCCAGCGUGGAAAGUAAUGGGUUAAAGACUGACAGCACUGCUGGCGAGUCUGGUAAUAUUGAUAUCGUAGGAAUGGAUGGCAGCGAAUCGUCCACCUCUUCGACAUCGACUCAGGUUUAUCACUGUUUUUUUUUUUAUUUAAAACAGCAGAAUGAUGACUAUGUGAAGCUUAUACGUGAGCAAGAUCUCAGUGAUGAAAGGAUUAAUGCAAUACCGAUACCUGUACCGCAGGCUUUAAGCCUCGAUCCAACCUUUCGAGCGGUAUCUGAGCAGCAAGUGGUACAGCAGGUGGUUCAAAAUAAGCGAUUUGAUGAGGUGGAUGUACGCGAGUCGAUGACACAUCUAUGCAAAAAACUGGCAGAAAAACGUGUGUUCGGCUCAAAGUUGAUGGCUGAGACCACUGUUGCAGGCCUCAAUCAUUCAACAUUCCCGAAUUUACCUAUUGAAGGCAUUAUGUACAUACAGCAUGUUUGCCGCAAAGUUUUGGGUGAUCGUUUUUCGAGUGAUGACGACUUCUGGGAAAGUUUGCGUGAUUCAAUGCGCAAACUUGCGGCUCGAUGUCGUCGUGUGCGUCACGCCAAGAAGACAAAAAGCUCUCGCGAAGAAGGGCUGUCAGCUGGGGAUCGUAAUGUUGGGUGGCCUGACGGAAGUGCGCUUCCAGCUACUUUGGCAAAAAUGACAUCCGCCUGGUCGCUGUUGCAACUACACAAGAAUACUGAGUCGCUGUUGCAACGUGAUAUACGUUUCGACGACACAGCUUCUCCGUAA